GUUUGGUCAUUCAAGGGUGCAAAAUAGACUGUAUAUGCACAAUGCAUUCCUACACUAUGACCCCACCACGGUAACUGAUACUUUGAUCGAAUGGAUUAUGUCUGUCACAUUUAAAAUAGAAUGGAUAUGUGUUAGAUGAUCAUCUAUGGGACUACCGUUCCUUUGGCUGUUGGCUGAAACACUCAUGUACGUGCAUGCGUGGCUUUCUUCAACACAGUCACUUCCUGUUGGUAAUGAAUCUAUGGCAACCAGCUUAGUAACUGGAAAACACUAGCAACAAAUGACUUUUCACACUGAACAGGCAAAAGGGCAGGAUUUCUGAAGUCAGGCCAGGUGUGGGACGACAAGAUUGGGCACUCUCAAUAUCUGUUCCAUUUUGUAGGUAACUGCUUAUGGGGGAAUGGAGAAUCCAGGAAGAUCCUUGUUUACAGAGCACAAGUACUGCAGAGCAAUGACAGCACUAGAUAAACUCUCAUGCAGCAACUUUCUAACUAAUAUCGAUCCCUUCUCUAGUGGGUCUUCCAUGGUGCAUCCUGCUUGGGUUACCAGACUUCUCAUCCCACAAAGGUGCUCAUGGAUCGGCCACUGUCCACAUUUCCCUGACACAGCAUGUAAGGGGCUGAAGGUGUGGGAAAAAUCAGUGGACAUUGCUCAUGUUCCUGUUCUAGCAAGAAGGGAAUCUGAUGGGUUUUAUUAUCUUGGUACGAUAAAACAGGAGAUAGAGGGCGAAAGAGGAACUUUCCUGGUAGAGUUUGACAAACCACCUGCAUCGGGUGACAAGUAUUCAGUAUGUGUGCAAAAAACAGCCAGGGAUGACAUCCUUGAAUAUGUCAACAGAAUGAGGCACUCCAUACUCCCUGGAGACAAAGUGCUGGCACCCUGGGAACCAGACCUUGUCAGAUAUGGCCCUGGAACCAUCCUCCUGGGCAUUGAGACACGGGAUCCCCUGAGAGCCUCAGAGGAUGAAGAAAUCAUGGUCUAUUUUUGGAAUGACAAGAAAGUGAAAGUACCACUAGGUGUGGCCUUAUGGAUUCCACCAGACAUGUGGGAAAGGAUAGUUGAGAUGAUUCACAUGCCCUUCAGCAGCAGAUUAAAGUUUAUGAACCCCCACAACACUACUAGCUCUUACACUUCUACUUGCAGAUUUCUAAGAGCCCCCAUCCAUUCAUGUGCUUUAGAUGAUGGGCUAAGUAAGUACAGGUGGCCAAGGCCAUGCCCAUUAAUCUGCCCCCCCUUUCAUGGUCACUGUCACAGUGUAUGCUGUUCACCAGUCCAUGUGGGAUGUAUCAGCUGCUCCCAUCCCAAAUUCAAUGCCUGGUGGCCUCUACUAUCCACAUCUUUGGUCUCUCAAAGAGGCACUAAACCGCAAGAGUCCAAUAACAAACCCACGGCACAACUUCUAGAAUUGGAAAGUCCAAAGGAAAAUGAACCAGCAGCUGCUGCUGCUUCUUCCUCCUCCUCUUCCCCUUCUGAUUUAGAAAGUGAGGAGGAGAUGUGCCUAACUAAGAGCACGAUGGUGGAUAGUGCUAUUUAUACAGAUUCCAGUCUUUCUGAAAAGCCCAAACUGAAAGAUGCUGCAAGACCUGAGUGGAAGUAUUGGAAGAGAAGCCACCCCAAGUCACAUCCUAGGAAUCCAGGAAUCAGCAUUCCCAGCAGCAAGUGUACAAAGGGGAAAGCAGAAUCCAGAGCCAUUUUCUGCUUGGACAUGUACCCUGUUGCACCAACCAACCAGAGUGCAAUGUUUGAAACUAUUGAGCAGUCUCAGAAAAAACAUUUCACACUGAAAGAUGUCUUAAUCCACCAUGAUUUCAAGCCAUCACUGGGGCCGCAGGCCACUCCUUGUUUAGAGAAACUUGGAGAAAAUCAAAUAGAACGUGAACGCCAAAGAAAAGCCUGCAUGGAACAAAAAAGAAAGAAAAAAUUCUGGCAGCAGACGUGUGGAGCAUGAAAGAGAACAGCAGGCUGAAGAGAAAUACUACACUGCACAGGAACACCGGAGGUACAUCACACAGGAAAAAGCUGCUGCAGCAUUUUGAGAAUGAAGAUAAGAAGGUAAAAGAACAAGAUAUAAAGCAGAAUCAGACAAUGAAAACAAAGCAACUCACACAGCAGAGGACAAACCUGAAAAUGCAGACUAUGGCAGAGGACGACAGGCAGAAAGGACAGCAAAGACUAGCUCAUCUGCAACAAGUCAAAAAGACACAUGAUCAGAGGGAAUUUAAUAAGUGUAUAGCUGAAGAAAUUAAAAAGAAACAAUCUCAGGAAGCCCGAAGGAGAAGAGUGGAGACCCAGUACAAGUUAAUGGCAGAAAAGAUCUUUCAAGAUGAAAAACAGAAGGGAAAGUAACCAAACAGCACAGAACAAAGGAGAUACAAACAACAAAAGUAAAAGUUUGCAUAUGGAUACUAAAACACGACAUCCAUUUUAUUCCCAGGUGCCCAUUCAGCAAGCUACCUAAGCCCAUGAGAAGUCCCAUCGACUUCAGUGGGAUUACUCAUGUUCUUAAAUUAGACACAUGUUGAAAUGCCUGGCUGAAUCAGGGCCUUAAAGAUAAUGAACUUAAGUGGGAGUUAAGCAUGUGUGUACAUGUUUUGCUCAAGUGGGAUUUGGCUUAAUGAAAGUGAAACCGAACAAUACUGCCGAAACUUGCAUUUAUGUAGCAAUAACUGGGAUUUUUUUUUUUAAUUGCAACCGUGUGCACAUUUUAGCUUGAAUUACAGCUCCAGUUUCUUCAUUCACACCAGUAUGACCAGUUAACUACAGUACUCUACAUGGCACACUGUAGCCAGAUCCUCACCUGCUGUAAAUGGGCAUGAACUUCAAUGGAGCUACACUGAUUUAUACCAGUUGAGGAUUGGGCUUUUCAUAUUCAAGUAAUUAUAAAUAUAACUUGCAUGACUUUAGUUCCUAAUUUAAAAAAAAAUAAAAAAAAUUCAUCUCAAAGAUUAAUUU